UGGCAGAUUUUAUUUGUGCCCGUUUGCUUUUGCUUAAUGUUUUUUCAAAAGCUCAACGUGUGACUCUUUUUCACCUCAGAGACAAAGUGUGAUUGAUUCCACUCUGUGGCAGAAAUGAAGAAUCUCCUGGUGUGGAGUGUGUGUGCAUAAUUCCUGGCCUUCCUGUCGAAAACAAAACACUUCACAUCUCCACACACGCGCGGCUUAAAGAUCAAAUUAUCCCCGUACAAAUUUGACACCGCCGAUGUGUUUAGAGUAAAAGUCGUCAUUAUGCUGGGAACAAACAAAUUGGCGCUGUGGGUGUGUACGGGUGCGUUCGCUGUCACCACUGUUUUCUUCAAUACUUGCAUCUUCUUAAUGAAUCUGAUGAAAUACAAGAAGGAGAAGAAGUGGAGUCCCAGUGAAACCAUCAUCAUGGCUCUGACCGCGGCCAGCGUGCUUCACCAGCUGCUCUGUUACUUCUGGAUGACCAUGGACGAGGUGGACAUCGAGUGUCACGUCGCGCAGGAGACCUACACGGUCCUCCUGGUCAUGACCUUGAGCCUCAAGUUCACCAUCAUGUGGGACACGGGCUUCCUCACCUUCUACUACAGCGUGAAGCUGGUGACUACACCCAACGACUGCUACACGCAGAUCCAGACCAUCAUCCUCAAACAUGUGACCAUGGUGGCUUUUCUCAUCCCUCUGUGUGGAAUGAGCACCUGCAUGCCGAUGCUUGCGGUGUUCCAUGCCGACAACCAGACGAGUGGGAACGUAGACUGCGGCGUCUUGGUGCCGGACACGCUCGCGGGCAAUAUCUACGAAAUCAUUUACCUGCUCUUGGCUGACGUUCUCCCGGGCGUGCUCAUGGCCAAAUCCUGCAUCUCCAUCUCGGUCAACCUGGCGUUGCAUCUCCGCCACAUGAAGGCCAGCACCAACGGCGCUCACCGCCCAAAGCUGGGCUCUCAGAUGAGAGUCAUCCAGAUGGCUUUGUCCAUCGUGUUCAUCUACGCCGUCUUCUUCGCGGUGGACAUAUACGUGAACUACCAGAUCGUCGUGAACCACGAGAACGCCAUCAACCUCACGUUCCUCUUCACGUCCGUGUACACGACCGGCACGGCCGUGGUGCUCAUCUACGGCAAGAGGACUCAGUGGAAGCUGCUGCUGCACGAUUUCAACGUCUUCGUGGACGAAUAUCCGUGUUUGACUUGUUUGAAGGUGCCGGAGCAGAAGACCAAACCCAGCACUCCUGUGAAAAUCAAAAGUGAAAAACAGUGAAAAGCAGAAAUCAUUUGAUUAAUGUCUAAAACUGGUGAACAUUUUUAAAGCUGUAGUAGGCAGGAGUUUAAUCUGCAGGAUGCUAAUGCUGUUUAUGUAUAAUUAUACGUAUUAUUUUCUUAAAUCAGUAAUUCAGUUGAAAACCUACCUACAUUUUGGCAUUUGUUUGUCGCCGCCUCUGUUUUCCGUCUUUGUAAACAGAAGCGAGUGUUGAUUAUUUGUACGCCGCAUCUUUCAUGUGAAACAAACGUCUCUGUCAAGCCAGCGCUUGUCGGCGCAGAGGCGAGAGGCAUUUAUCCCGUCAAACUGCUGCACGACGAGUAGAAUUCACUUCUGAGCGACGCCAGAUCCAAACACUGUCAUACUGAGACACACACACACACACACACACAGAGAGAGAGCGGCGUGGAGAAGAUAGGCUUAAUCAGCAUCGUGCGAACGCGUUCGACAGCGGUUUCAGUGACAAGAAAACAUCUGUGGGUCCGUUUACGGGUCACUUGACAGGCUUCAGACUUGGCAGGUGACUCACAAAGCAUACCGGCGUGUGCACGGCUGACGUUGACAUUGUUGUUGGCUCGUAAACACCGGGAAUGUCUCUCUGCCAGCGACCGUUCAAACGCACCAAAAACGGCGCGAUUAUAUUAAACGUACACGCCGCAGUUUUGACAUCCAGAUAAUGAGGAUGUAUAGAUGGCGUAAAAGUAGACAUACUGUAACCACGUGUCCCUCUGACAUGUGACUGUGGUGAGAGUACCUAUAAAUAAAACAGGAAAGUAUGCACCACCUCAUUUUUUCUUCUUUUUUUUGUCACAAAAGCUUCUGAGUGUUUUUCUUCAGUCAGGUUUCAGGCGGUUUGGGCUUCACAACUGGGGCAGCGUUUGUAACCGGAGGCCUGAAACUACAGCACCAGUCAGGAGAGACGGGGGGUGGGAAAUAAACUGGGAGAAUAAAUGUGUCAUUUUAU